CAUUUGACGUAAUGACGUAUUCUGCGUAUUCUGUUAAAACAAUUUUUCGAUUAAUGACGAAAAUUAUAUUAUUCUUGUGAAUGUGAAGUAAAUGCGUUUCUCUCCUAUCUCGCGAGUGAAUGAUAUUGAUAUUUGAUUAUUAAUAAAAGAGUGCAUGUUGAAGUUGUAGAAUUACUUUUCGUAAAUCUUUACAUGAUCAUUUGUUUAAAAAACAAUGGCUAAAACCAAGGUUACGGGAGCGACUAGCAGACUUAAACAAGAUUACCUGAGAUUAAAGAAUGAUCCAGUACCAUAUGUGACGGCUGAACCUGUGCCGUCCAAUAUUCUAGAAUGGCAUUACGUAGUGAAAGGUCCUGAAAAAAGUCCCUAUGAAGGGGGAUACUAUCACGGAAAAAUCAUAUUUCCAAGAGAAUUUCCCUUCAAGCCACCCUCUAUUUAUAUGAUAACCCCCAACGGUCGGUUUAAAACCAAUACUAAAUUGUGCCUUAGUAUUACUGAUUUCCAUCCUGACACCUGGAACCCAGCCUGGUCCAUUUCGACAAUACUGACUGGACUCCUUAGUUUUAUGUUAGAAAAAACACCAACCUUGGGCUCCAUAGAAACAUCGGAAUAUCAGAAACGCUGUUUAGCAGCGGAUUCUCUUGAAAUUAAUCUCAAAAAUAAAAUGUUCUGUGAGCUAUUUCCGGAAUACGUGGAGGAGAUUGAAAAAUUACUUAAAGAGAGACAGGAAGCCCUUCUCCAAUCAGAGAACUCUAGCAGUGGCAGUGAUGGUGAAGUGAUGUCCGAUCAGCAAUCCAACAUGUAUUACAUCAUGACAAAUCUGUUUGUGCUUGUCGGUUUCAUUUUCCUCGCUUACAUGGUCAAAUAUGUACUGGUAUCAAUAUCAAAUGACUAGACAACAUUGUGUUAUAAUGUAAAUAAUGUAAUUUACUAUGUACAUAAUAUAUUAUACUGUUAGAGAUAUAUAACGACCGAUGCUUUCAGUGCUCGCGUCACGGUUCAUGUGAUAGACUGCCUGAAGCUACUAUUGUUUAAUGAAAAUUGGCAACAAGUAAUCAUAGGAAACAUUAUAUUAUUAUUUAUAAAUGCUGCAUUUGUUCUUAAAUCUCAUAAUGUCAUUCUUCUAUCACUAUGAUAACUGUCCACACAAUAUUUAGAUGUGAAAUGAAGCAAUACACUCACUUGUUCACUAUGGUUACUAUGUUAUGAUUGUAGUUCAGCCUUAAUGCUUAGAAAAUGUUUUUUACUUUAUUGUUAGAUAAAAAGCUGUAAUAACAUUAGUAGCAUCGCCUGUAGGAUUGUGACGACUGACAAAUUUCAGUGUCUAAUUCCAGUAUUCCAAAAUACGACUAUUAAUUUAAUUUUUAUUUAAGAAUCUGUGAUGGAAACUGUCUUGAAUAGCUGCUGUUAGUAUUUUAAUUGUAUUCCAUUUAUUAUUCUCAUAUUAUCUUCUAACUAUUUAUAAGAUGUGUAUCUAAACAUUUUAAAUUUUGUUUCCCAUUUGUUCUUCAUUAUGGAAACUUUUUUUUAUGUAAACUUCCCUACAACUUAGACACUUGAUUGUGUAUCGCUGCAAUAGUUUCGCAAAUUUAAUCUUAUUACAAUGGAAAUGAGCGGUUUUGAUUAAAACAGUUCUCGGAUAUUCUGACAUGUGAUUAAUAGAAGUGGGUUCACUCUCACAUAUUUAUUAGAGCGCUAGAAACUUUUCUACAAAUCCUUUAAGUUUUUGUAUGUGUUAGUAAAUUCGAAUAUAUUUGUUAAUGAAUAAAAUAAACAAUUUUAUUUA